AUGCGAGAAAACACAAUCGUUGGAGGGCUGUUGCUUGGAAGGUCACUGUCGCAUGACAUCAACUACCACGCUCAUCUUCAAGCACUGAUCUUUGAUUUAUAUCGAGAUGAGAAAGCGAACAAAAUCUACAUCCCUAAGUUCUUCAAGGAGUUGGUUGAUGCUGGCAUACGCAAAGAUGAUCCUAGGCUGAGGGAAAUGAUUAAGCAGGUUCGUGAAGCAGAACAUGAAGACGAAGUCGCGCAUGACAAGGAGCACCUUUUCAUGAAUAAGGAGGCCUUCUGCAAAUGCGUAGGUGGCAGCAUUGGAGUUAUUGGCAAAGCGUUGAAGAAGCAGUUGGUGAUACCGGACUGGCCGUCCUUCACAUCCGUUAUGACUGAAAUAUUCGAGGAAUGUUGCAAGUACUCGAGCGGUCAGGACUUUGUGAGGUUUCCGCAUAAUGUCGUUAUGUUUCCGGUAGCAACGUACAUUCCGCAACUCGCACGAGCAGAUCCCAACACUUUUGCUGCCUCCGUAUGCACUGUGGAUGGACAAAGGAAAAGCUGGGGAGAGGCGUUGAUGCCGUUUUGCUUGCAGUCAGUGUCAAAACCGUUUACUUAUGCGCUGGUGCACGAGGAACUGGGUCCGGAUGAGCUACACAAUCACGUUGGUCAAGAACCUAGCGGAAGACUCUUCAACGACAUCUCACUCGACCACAAUAAGAAACCACACAAUCCUCUUAUAAAUGCGGGUGCAAUAGUGGUAGCCUCUCUGAUGAAGAGACGUGCCUCGCUUUCUGACCGAUUCGACUUCGUACGUUUCCGAAAGCAGUUCCGCCUCUGUGCUCUUACAAAUGUUCCGCGCUUUCAGGCAAUUCAUCAGAUGAGGAGGUUUUGUGGAGUUGGCUACGUUGGAUUCAAUAAUGCAGUAUUUCUCUCGGAACGUGAAACGGCAGAUCGAAAUUAUGCGCUUUCUUAUUAUAUGAGAGAGCAUAAGGUGUUUCCUCCGGACACACAUCUCCAGGAUACGCUGGACCUAUACUUUCAGUUGUGCUCAAUUGAAACUAACUGUGAUACAUUGGCUGUUAUGGCUGCUACCUUAGCAAAUGGAGGUGUAAAUCCUAUGAACGGAGAGAGAGUUAUCAACAACAGAGCCUGCCGAGAUACUUUAUCGUUGAUGUAUUCAUGUGGAAUGUAUGACUGGUCGGGACAAUUCGCAUUCAGAGUCGGCCUGCCAGCUAAAUCCGGUGUUUCGGGAGACAUGAUUAUGGUGAUCCCGAAUGUCAUGGGCAUAGCCAUCUACUCGCCCAGACUCGAUUCACUCGGAAACACAUAUCGCGGCCUAAAAUUUGCCGAAGCUUUCAUUGAAAAGUUCAACUUCCACAACUACGACAGUCUGGUUUAUUCUGACUGCCAGAAGAUGGAUCCAAGAAAAACGGUGGUUGAGAAUGAUCUGGAUAACGCCUCAAGAUUUAUGUAUGCAGCUAAACAAGGCGACAUUUCUGCUAUGAAAAGGUACCUCCUCAUGGGUCUGAACUUGCACCACCGUGACUACGACGAUCGCACGGCUCUACAUGUGGCAGCAUCCGAAGGGAACCUGGACUGUUUGAAUUAUGUGCUCUCCAAAUGGAAGGAGUCCCCAGAGCCUGAGGACAAAUUUCAACGAACACCAUUGGACGAUGCCAAGUUCUUCAAUCAUCGUGAAUGUGUGGAUGUUAUUGAGAAAGCAAUUGAGCGAUGGAAAGCUGCGGAAGAACAGCCCAGAACCGAUUGGCAGCCGUGA